AUGACAACGACAUGCAGUGGUCUGCAUGGUGAGCUGUUUUAUACACUAAGAAAAUUCAAAGAUAAAACAUGUCUUCUCCUGUUUCCCCUCUACUGGCUCGCCCCCAUUACCCCCAGAACCCCGGUCAGCUCGACCACCAGCAACCCCAAGGUGUUCUUCGACGUUGAGGCCAACGGUGCUUCCGUCGGUCGCAUUGUCAUGGAGCUCCGCAAGGAUGUUGCCCCCAAGACCGCCGAGAACUUCCGUGCCCUGUGCACUGGCGAGAAGGGCUUCGGCUACAAGGACAGCUCUUCCACCGCGUGAUCCCCGAUUUCAUGCUCCAGGGCGGUGACUUCACCAACCACAACGGCACUGGUGGCAAGUCGAUCUACGGUAACAAGUUUGCUGACGAGAACUUUACCUCAAGCACACUGAGCCGGACUUUUGUCGAUGGCUAAUGCUGGUCCAACACUAACGGCUCCCAGUUCUUCCUCACCACGGUUCCUUGCUCGUGGCUCGACGGCAAGCACGUCGUGUUUGGCAAGGUU